AUGGAAAAGCAACGCUCCCGAUUACUUGCUCCAGCUCCAGCUAAAUCUCCGCCAGCCACAAAAGGUCAUACGAAGAGGGCGGUUGAGGUUCCUCGUCGAGAAAAGAUAACAUCUGCUUGCAAAGAAUGCAAAGUGCGCAGAUCCAAGUGCAAUGGGGGAAAGCCGUGCGGAGCAUGCGAUAAGAAAAACACCCAAUGUGUUUAUGACGAGAAUAAUGAUAAACGCCGACGUACUAUUAUCAACCAGAAAAUUCAACAACUUGAAGCUGACCGUGACUUGCUGAUUCGACUGGUUACAACUCUUCGAGAGACUGACAAUUGCCGUGUCACGCAAAUCCUCAACCUCAUCCGCAGUAAUUCCUCGUUGGAAGAAAUCAGGGUUUACAUUAAUGAUCGCCUCUAUACUGAGACGGAGAAGCCACCUGAGCUGGUUGGUCUUGCUGACCAGCUGCGCCCAUUGAGUGAAUCCGAAUACCGGUCGCAGCGAAGAAUUCUAGAUGUGAGAAGGCUCAUAGACAUUCCUACUUGGAAGGUACAGGCUAAACCAUGGACCAAAAUCACGGAGGAUGAUGAUUUCGUUUCCCAUUUGAUUUCCUUGUGGUUUACCUGGUACCACCCGUACUUCAACUGGGUCGACCGUGAUAUGUUCAUCCGAGACAUGCAUUCCGGAAAUGCACAAACCGCCAAAUACUGUUCCCCAUUUCUUGUGAAUAUAAUCCUAGCUGAUGCUUGUGCCUACUCAGAUUAUCCGGAAGCUUAUUCAGAUGCGAAUGAUCGAUCUUCAAAAGGUGUCCACUUUUACGAGGAAGCCAAACGCUUAUAUGAAGAAGAGGAGGGGCGGAUAACAUUACCGACUGUUCAAGGGUUAUGUGUGCUCUGGGCUUGUGCAGCAUCUCAAAGCAGAGAUGGGCGCGGCUGGGUUUAUCAAGGCCAACUUGCAUACGCGCUACAGGACCUGAUGAAGAGUAUCGAAAAGGAGCAUGGGCUGGGGUACGAACCGCAUGUCGUGGACAAUGCUGUAUGGGGAAUUUACAGCAUCACAAUCGCGAGUUCUAUAAGCUGCCAAAAGUUUCCUUUGAUCAAGACGCCCAAGAGACCGUAUCCCCGCGCCCCAGACUUCAGUAGAGAGAGCUUGGACGUGUGGUACCCAUAUCCAACACAAUCUUAUAGUGUACCAUCUCACACGGUGCAUCUCGUGAACGCUUUGUCUGACCUGAGUAGAAUCAUACAUGACGCUUCUACAAUAUUCUUUGACCCUCAAUCUGGAUUGAAAAACAUGCCAUUCCUGGAGACGCUGCAGCAUGUCCAAACCUUGCAUGUUCGAUUACAGGAUUGGAACAAGAAUCUAAUACCCUACUUAAGAGAAGAGAACAGCGGUGUCCCUCACGCUUUGGCUCUACAUAUGUAUUAUUGUGCGAUCGUCACCACCAUAUUCGGAUUCGUCGAAAAGAAAGCCAGAGAAUAUGAACUGCCCCUUGGAAAAUACCAAGACGCUCUCAACUUAAGACUUACCUCAGCCCGCAAGACCGCGCAGUUAGAGAGAACCUGCCGCGCAUCAUGGGGCAUUGACCGGGCCCCAGCCGGUAACGUUCAAUGGAUAACUGUCGCUCUCUUUACGCUUCUGGAACAUCUAGAUGACAAAGACAACCACGAAGCAUUUAUCAGCCUCUGUAUUGCCUCAAAGGCCAUUUCCCGGCGCUGGGCGCUCGGAAAGACAAUGCUUUGCUCGAUUUACAAUACCGCCCAACAAUUGAAUAUCACGCUGCCUACUGAAACCAGUGCGCUCUUUUCUGAAUUAGACGACUAG